AUGUCUGAGGAUAACAAGAAUUCGGCAUCCAUUGUUGGGACCAAGCCCAUUGACGACAAUGAUGUCGAGAACCCUUCUGCAGAUAUUGCUGUUGGAUCGCAGGCUGAAGCUGUCGACUGUGGCUACCUGCGGCCAUGGAACUUCAGGAACUUUUACAGAAGUGUUCUGUUCCAGAUGAUAUUGUUUGGAGCUCUUUCCCUCGUAGGCCCGGCCAUGCAAGAUGCGAUCACCAAUUUGGGCGGAGGUGGACUGAAAACACCAUGGCUGGCGAAUCUGGCAAACUCGCUGAAUUAUACGAUGGGCUGCCUGACUACGCUCUUCGGUGGUCCACUCAUCAACAAAUUUGGAAUCAAAUGGUCUUGCAUGAUCGCUGCAGUCGUCUUCCCGCUUACAGGCUCUGCCUACUAUUCUAACGCCAAAUUCGGCAUCGACUCGUAUUUGCUGACUUCUCAGAUCAUCGGUGGUAUCGGCGGUGGCUUCUUGUAUGUCGCCGAGACCACUGCAAUGCUGUCAUAUCCCAAACAAGACGACCGAGGCUUCUACUUGGGAAUCUGGGCAGCCAUGAGGAACAGUGGAAGCGUGAUUGGAGGCGCGAUCAACUUUGCUACAAAUAGCGAGCACUCUUCCGCAGGUGGUAUUGCUUGGGCAACUUAUCUAAUCUUUGUUGGAUUUGAGUGCACUGGUGUCAUCUGGGCUUUCCUUCUAUCGCCUACCAAACGUGUGCGACGACGAGAUGGCAGCAAAGUUCCGAUGUCAGGCAAUAUUACCUGGAAACAGGAGCUCCAAGAGCUUGGAAAAUACUUCACCUAUAAAAAGACUUGGCUCGUCUUUUUGCCUUCGUUCUACUCUUUCUUCUACGGCGGAACGAUGGGAACAUAUCUCUCAACACAUUUCUCCGUAAGAGCUCGAGCAUUGUCCUCGCUCCUCGUCCCAUCCUGCGUCAUUCCUCUCGUCAUUGGCUAUGGUCGACUCCUCGACAUGAAGCACUGGUCACGACGCCGAAGAGCUUGGACAGCAUUCCUCAUGUGGUGUCUGCCCCACAUCGUCUGCUUCAUUUGGAUUGGUAUCGAAUACGGAAAGUUUGGUAAUGGCAAAGCUGCUCUAGACUACGGCCUCAACACGAGACGAUGGGCAGAAGCCUACUUACCCUACCUCAUCAUCUUCGUGACGGGCUACUGGACUCAGCUCUCCUUAUACUGGAUCCUGGGAGAACUCUCCACCGACGUCGAAGGCUCAGCACGAAUCGGUGGUCUUUUCAGAGCUUUCGAAACAUCCGGUCAAGCUGUAUCAUACGGCAUCAACUCCAUUGCCGGAACACAUUUCCCUUUCUACAUCAACGCAGCCCUUCUCGUCCUAGUCAUGCCAUGCAUGGUCCUCCUCAUCAGAUUGGUCGCGGCCGCUGACGUUGCAGAAAAUCGCGAGACCGCAGAGACCGAAGAGGUCGUGCCGAACAAGCAGACCGAUUAG